GGUUCUAGGAAAGCAGCUCCUAUUGCCCAAGGAUGAAGGCUUUCAGCAUUUUCAGAGCAGAAGUGAUACCUGUGUCGAUACUACGUGUUCACCUGGCCUCCAUGAAUGUACUAGUAAUAUAAAAGAGCUCUGCAUUUCAGGCUCUAAACUGAUCCCAAUACCAUCUCCGAUACAUAAAUCACUAGAUUCAAGUUCCACUAGGAUUUCUGCCUCCGAUUCAUCCAUGUAUUCAUUCCUGGAAGAAGAAAUCUAUGAUGUGGAUGGAAAAAUAGAAGAAUAUCUUGCCUUUGAUAACAAGGAGAUUGAUGAUGAGAGCUGGGAACAAAAGAAAAUGCAUCUGGCUGAGAAGAGGAGUAAGCGUGGCAUUCCCCCUGUUUCUCCUAAUGCCUGUAUCAAAGAUGCUGUGGCUUCUGAAGUAUUUGAUUGUAUCUGGAGCAGUGUAAUUGGAAUAUUGGAGGAACUGAUUAAAAAAAAUUGGGAAACUAGUAUCACAGAGUGUGACAAACAGGUUGAAAAACUGGAAGCUGUUACAGCAAAACUGCCACAUUUGCCAGCCAUUCGUCCUGUAGCAGAUGCUGGGAGUGUUCCUCUUUCCAAAGGCUCUGAAGCACGAAGUGUAUCUUUUGGGUCUCAUUUUGCUUCCUCACAGGUUCACCGUUUCUCCAGCAAUUUCUGUAGUGAUUUGAAUGGUGUAAUGACAAUUCAAGCAAAACCUCUCCAACAGAGGCACGUCGCCACAGUAGAAAAAAUACAGAAUGAGCAAGAAGACAAACAGCAUAACAUUGGCUCCAGUGCUCCAAAUUCAGUGCAUACUAGGUUGGGGAGAAUUGCUGAUAACAGUUUUCUCUCAUCAUCUCGGGUACUGCUGGCAUCUUCUAGGAAGCUACCAAGCCAUUGUAGGUUACCUUCUCUCACUUCUGACCAACUCUCCUCAAAAGCUCCUAAUAUGUACAAUGAUGAAAUCCUUAGGGGGACUACAUUGGGUGCCAGCUCGGGUCGUUUGUCUUCUGCUCGUGCAUUUACAACCCGGAACAAGUUACCACCAAUAAACUCGGAGGCUGUUGAACAAUGUCUUUCAGUACCUCGAUUACAACAGUGCUCUCAUCGAGGACGAUAUGCUCAUAGCAGAGUGUCAAGUGCAGUGCCUGGCAGCACAGAGCAACGGCCACUCAGAGAAAGAACUGUUAUUAUUGAUCAAUUUUCAAGGCCCAACACAACUCAUACAUUCAGGACAGAUACGCCUCAGAAGAGAUCACUGACUCCCAUGGAUUUUGCUAAUCACAGAGGGACAGGUCAAGGAUUUUUAAUAGGCUCACAGCAUUGCUACAGGUCCUUUCAGAGAAAUCCUCCAACCUCAAGGAAGAGAUUUCAGAUUCCUUCUUAA